AUGGGUCGGCAGGCGGGCGAGACAGAAUGGGCUGGCACUACUAACCAAGCCCAGUUCUCGCCGAUAGGCGCUGGUAGUCUUGUCUUAUAUGAUAGUUGUGGCCAUAGCCACAAGGAGCCGCACAGCACUUGUACAAUGCUCAAGUCAAGGCCCCUUCCCACUCGUUGCCCAGAGGUGCUGGUUCGAGUGACAAAGGGCUACCUUCUUGCUGUUCGUGCUUGGUUUGCCGCGAAAGGAACGAACAGCUCGAGAGCGACGAGCAGGACGAAUACCGCUUCAUCGCGUAGCGACUACAGCCCAGAGGCUCAAAUAAAAGCUGUGAGCCUUAACUUAAAUAAUUAA